GUGCGCGAGUACGAGGAGGAGAUCCACUCUCUGAAGGAGCGUCUGAUGAUGUCCCACCGUAAGCUGGAGGAGUACGAGCGCCGGCUGCAUUCGCAGGAGCAGCAGACCAGUAAGAUCCUGCUGCAGUACCAGAGCCGGCUGGACGACAGCGAGAGACGCCUGCACCACCAGCAGGUGGAGAAAGACUCGCAGAUCAAGGGCAUCAUCAACAGGUUGAUGGUGGUAGAGGAUGAGCUGAGGGGAAGUGGAAUGCCUGACCUCAAAACCAGAAUAUUCACAGAACAGGUUUGUCACACGCACACCGGGAAACCACAGGGAUUAAAGUUAC